AUGGAUCGUCCAUCAAUCGGUGACUCGUCGUCGAAAGUCGACAUGGAAGCCAGCCACCACCAAAAGUCUGAGUAUAUUGAAAGUCUUCAGAAGAGAAUCAUUCGCAGGAUCGAUUUUCGACUCCUCCCCAUCCUGGGAGUUAUGUACUCUAUCUCCAUCAUUGACCGUUCGAACUUGGGAUACGCUAUGGUCGCGGGCAUGGACGAAGACCUUGCCCUCACCAUUGGCAACCGAUACACAAUCAUCGUCAUGGUCUUCUUCGUGGCCUACAUUAUUUUUGAGAUUCCCAGCAACAUUACUCUCCCCAAGGCCGGCCCUGCUAACUGGCUCUCCUUCCUCGGCAUUGGAUUUGGCGCCGUCUUGAUCGGCAUGGGUUUCACUCACAGCUGGGGUACCCUGGCCCUCUGCCGUGCGCUUCUCGGUAUUCUAGAGGCGGGAUUCCUUCCAGGUUGCACCUAUCUCAUCACUUGCUGGUACACUCGCUACGAGGUGGGCAAGAGGCUCUCCGGAUUCUGGAUUGUCUCCGUUCUUGCAGGUGCCUUCUCUGCCAUCUUCGCAUAUGCUCUUUCUCUUAUUGGAGGCCAAGCUGGCCUGGCGGGUUGGCGAUGGAUCUUCAUCAUUGAAGGUACCAUUACCGUCUGCUUUUGCAUUCUCGGUCGGUUCCUCAUCAUAGACUUCCCUGCUCAGGCCAAGAGAUUCCUCAAGGCCGAGGAGCGGGACUUUGUUAUCGCGAGACUUAACUUGGACCGUGGCGAUGCCGAGGAGGAUGAAGUCACCUUCAGCAAAAUUCUAUUCCACCUCCGGGACUGGCGCCUCUACAUUUGGACCUUCAACAUGAUUGCCACGACGUUACCUGGCUAUGCUUAUUCCUACUUCCUUCCCAUAAUCCUCAGAGAGGGCAUGGGCUUUAGCGUCACGCAAUCACAACUCCUCAGCGCUCCGCCAUAUGUUCUAGCGGCCUGUUUUGUUUGCCUUCUGGCAUGGUUCAGCGACCGGCAGCAUCUUCGAGGACCCAUUAUCGCUGCGCUACAAAUUAUCACGGCCGUUGGUAUGAUCAUCACCGUCUAUGGAGGCUCUAACGGUGCCCGCUAUUUUGGAGCUUUUCUCAGCAUGGGAGCGCUGCAACCUUGCGUGCCGCUUAUCCUUACAUUCCAAGCCAACAAUAUCACGUCCCACUCGAAGCGAGCUGUUGCAUCAGCAACCUGCUUGAUCGGGGGAGACAUUGGCGGCAUCCUUGCAGGCGUUGCCUUUAUGGCUCGUGAGAGCCCUUACUACAAAACCGGUAUGAAGUUUUCCUCCACCAUCGCCACCACUUCUGCUCUUCUGGCUACGGUCUCCGCAGGCCCUAUCGCCUACGGAGCAUGCCAAGCUGGCUGCGCCGGUGUCGUCAUGGCAUGCUACAACGCAGCUGGGUUUACUUGGGGAGCUACUGUGGGAGUUACAGCUCCAGCAUCGAUUAUCGCUUGCAACGCUGCGUUUGGGAAGUGCUCUGCAGCAUGCGCUGCUGUAGCGCUCGGUGCCCCUACACCUUGA